CGAGCGGCGGGACGCGCGGAGCGCCGGGCGCGGCCAUGCGGGACCCUGGCCCGACCCCGACCCUGAGCGCGAGGGCGAUCCCGAGCGCGAGCGCGACCCUGACCGCGACCCCCGGCGCGGCGCGACUCCCCCGGCGGAGGCGGCGGGCGCGGGGCGCGCUCUGAGGCCCGGGGGAUGCGCGGCCGCCUCGACCAUGGGCGCCGCCGCCUCCAGGAGGAGGGCGUUGAGGAGCGAGGCCAUGUCCUCGGUGGCGGCCAAAGUGCGAGCAGCCCGAGCGUUUGGAGAGUACCUGUCCCAGAGUCACCCUGAGAACCGCAACGGUGCAGACCACCUGCUGGCUGACGCCUACUCUGGCCACGACGGGUCCCCCGAGAUGCAGCCAGCCCCCCAGAACAAGCGCCGCCUCUCCGUUGUCUCCAAUGGCCGCUACGAAGGCAGCCUCUCAGAGGAGGCCAUCGGUGGGGAGCCGGCUGGUGAGGGUCCCCAGCCCCGUGUGUACACCAUCUCUGGGGAACCAGCCCUGCUCCCCAGCCCCAAGGCUGAGGCCAUCGAGCUGGCUGUGGUGAAGGGGCGGGGCCCGCGGGAGCGGCACCCUCACCACCACAGCCAGCCCCUGCGCGCCAGCCCUGGCAGCAGCCACGAGGAUGUCAGCAGGCCCUGCCAGAGCUGGGCAGGCAGCCGCCAGGGUUCCAAGGAGUGUCCCGGAUGUGCCCAGCUGGCCCCUGGCCCUUCCCCUCGGGCCUUUGGGCUGGACCAGCCACCUCUGCCCGAUGCCUCUGGCCGCCGCAAGAAGCUGGAAAGGAUGUACAGUGUCGACCGCGUGUCAGAUGACGUCCCCAUCCGUACCUGGUUCCCCAAGGAAAACCUUUUCAGCUUCCAGGCAGCAACCACAACUAUGCAAGCCCCAGACAGCAGCCUCCUUCUGUUUCCUGUGUGCCACAGCAUCUCGGUGUUCAGGGGCUACGCAGAGAGGAAGCGCCGGAAACGGGAGAAUGAUUCCGCGUCUGUAAUCCAGAGGAACUUCCGCAAGCACCUGCGCAUGGUCGGCAGCCGGAGGGUGAAGGCCCAGACGUUCGCUGAGCGGCGCGAGCGGAGCUUCAGCCGGUCCUGGAGCGACCCCACCCCCAUGAAAGCCGACACUUCCCACGACUCCCGAGACAGCAGCGACCUACAGAGCUCCCACUGUACGCUGGACGAGGCCUUUGAGGACCUGGACUGGGACGCCGAGAAGGGCCUGGAGGCUGUGGCCUGUAGCACCGAGGGUUUUGUGCCACCCAAGGUCAUGCUCAUCUCCUCCAAGGUGCCCAGAGCCGAGUACAUCCCCAACAUCAUCCGCAGGGACGACCCAUCCAUCAUCCCCAUCCUCUACGACCACGAGCAUGCCACCUUUGAGGACAUCCUGGAGGAGAUAGAGAAGAAGCUGAACGUCUACCACAAGGGGGCCAGGAUCUGGAAGAUGCUGAUCUUCUGCCAGGGAGGCCCCGGACACCUCUAUCUGCUCAAGAACAAGGUGGCCACCUUUGCCAAAGUGGAGAAGGAAGAGGACAUGAUCCACUUCUGGAAGCGGUUGAGCCGCUUGAUGAGCAAAGUGAACCCGGAGCCAAACGUCAUCCACAUCAUGGGCUGCUACAUUCUGGGGAACCCCAAUGGGGAGAAGCUGUUCCGGAACCUCAGGACCCUCAUGACUCCUUACAGGGUCACCUUCGAGUCCCCCCUGGAGCUGUCAGCCCAAGGGAAGCAGAUGAUCGAAACCUACUUUGACUUCCGGCUGUACCGCCUGUGGAAGAGCCGCCAGCACUCGAAGCUGCUGGACUUCGACGACGUUCUGUGAGGACCACGGGCCACUGCCCAGUCACCACCAGGCCACUUCCUCUGGACCAGGGGACUCGGGGCUGGGCUGCCUCAUGCCACCUGGGACCAUGCAGUCCUGGUCUUGCCCAGAGCCACUUCAGGGCACCUCAGACGUUGCUCAGGUUUCUCCCGUGGGGUCUGGUCCUCGCUGCGCUGACGGGUCACAGAGGCCACGGUCCCUGGGAGGCCAGGAGGAGCCUCACCCAGCGGCCAGGCCUGACCUACCUGCCCGAGCCUCGCCUGGAGGCUGCAACCCUGGGAAUCCCGUCCUCGGGGGCCAUGGAAAUAAGUGCAAUUUUCUACACCCGAAACAAUUCAAAGGGAAGCAGCGUUACUGGUUAGCUAGUUGAGCACUAUGCUACUAGUUACAGCAUAGGCAACCCAGCCCAGUGGCCCACUAUGUGUUCAGGACCCUCUCUACCCGCCCCCAUCCCUGCCGUAUUUGAUCACCAGCACCAGGGUGGCCUCUGUGUGGGGCCGGCGCUGAGCCGCCAGCCUGGCUGCGUCUGUGCCGGCCAAGCCUGUCUGUGCUUUUAUUCCUCUUGCCACCCCAGCCUGCGUCCUCUGACCUCAGCCAGCGCCAAGCCAGGCCCAGCAGGGGCAGCCUGGGCAGCAAGAGGAAAGGGCAGAGCCUCCCCUUCCUCUCAGAGGCUGCGCUGGGCUGGAGCCUACUCCCCACCUCUCCGAGCCCACCCCGCACUCAGUGUGCUGUUGAGCUCAGCGUUUGCCAGUCUGGAGGCCCUGGGCCUGGCCUGGCCUCCCAGGCCUGAGAGCCGAGUGGCUGGCGGCGGGCUGUGGGAGCUCCCUGACUUGACCGGGGCCUCACAGCCUUGCCCAGGGUCCGGCAGGGUGGUUUCUCUUGUAUAUAGCUGCGGCUAGGGGGGCAGGCCCCCCUUUUGCAGAGCCAGGGGUCUCAGGAUAUUUGGCUGUGUCCCUAGCCAAGAGAUGGGCUGGCUCUAAGCAAUGUACGAUUAUCCCUUAGAGUGAUCAUUAAACCUGACCCUCCCUGCA